AUGGGUCCUGGAAUCUUGACACGAACUCUGCUCAAUACAGGUGUUAAAGUGGUAGCUCUAGAAAGUAACUCAGCUUUUCUUCCAAACUUACAGUCUCUAGAGAAUAGCCUGGACGGACAAUUAAAAGUAAUUUAUUGUGACUUCUUCAAACUGGAUCCUUUGGCGACUGGAGCAGUGAGACCACCUGCUAUGCACUCUGACAAACUUUUUGAAACCAUCGGUGUAGCAGCAGUUCCUUGGAGGGCAGAUGCACCUGUGAAAGUUUUUGGAAUCUUACCACAAAAAAAGGAAAGGACCAAUCUUUGGAAGCUUCUUUUUGCCCUGUAUGAAUGCAAUUCAAUAUACAGAUAUGGAAGAGUAGAACUCAACAUCUUUGUGAGUGAAAGAGAGUACAAGGUGUUAACAGCAAAGCCUGGGGAACCGAGGGCUUACCAGGCCCUUGCUGUAAUUGCGCAAGUAGGAUGUGAAAUUCAGCUACUGCACAUGGAACCUUGGUCAUCAUUUUUAACUAAUUUGAAAACCGGGGGACUGGCAGUACCAAAAAGCGCGUGGCUUCCAAAUGACCAUUUGUGUUUGAUACGACUGACUCCUCGGCAAAAUCUGUUUACAGAAGGCUUGAAGCCCACAGAUGCAUCUGCCUUUAUUUUCAUGGUGAAACAGUGUCUUGCUAGACCUAAGUCUAGGCUUAUUGAUAAAUUAAAUUCAUGGAGCUUGGAUGAUGUUGACGAAUUACUGAGAGAACUAGAAAUUCCAAAAAAUGCUCUAACGCGUAACUUAUACCCGGAAGACUACAAGCGUCUUUUUGAGGCUUUGCAAAACUCUAGUAUGUUUACUGAAACCUGGCUCCAUGAUGAAGUCUUGGAAUGUCUAAAGAACAUAAACUUAUAA